GCCCACAAUCCAGUCCAUGAUGAGGGAGGCUGAAUGACUGGAUUUUCUCAGUGAAGCAUGCGGGCGAGAUCCUCCACCGGGGCAAACCAGAGGGAGGAGCAGGAGAGGAGCGUGAGGAAGAAUUUGAGACUGGAGUUACAAAUGUCCUGAAGAAAUAUCUGUGGAUUCAUCUGAGGAUAUCAGAAAUGGCUACGCCCCAGUCAGUUUUCGUCUUUGCCAUCUGCAUUUUGAUGAUAACAGAAUUAAUUCUGGCCUCCAAAAGCUACUAUGACAUCUUGGGGGUGCCAAAAUCGGCAUCCGAGCGCCAAAUCAAGAAGGCCUUUCACAAAUUGGCCAUGAAGUACCACCCGGACAAAAAUAAGAGCCCCGAUGCGGAAGCAAAAUUCAGAGAGAUUGCAGAAGCCUAUGAGACGCUCUCAGAUGCUGAGAGGCGAGCAGAGUAUGAUGCACUGGGGCACAGUGCUUUCACUAACGGCAAAGGACAGAGAGGAAAUGGAAGUCCUUUUGAGCAGUCAUUUAAUUUCAAUUUUGAUGACUUAUUUAAAGACUUUAGCUUCUUUGGUCAAAGCCAAAAUACUCACUCCAAGAAGCAUUUUGAGAAGCAUUUCCAGGCCCAUCAGGACGCCUCCAGUCGGCAGAGGCAUCAUUUCCAGGACUUUUCUUUUGGAGGCGGACUGUUUGAUGACAUGUUUGAAGACAUGGAGAAGAUGUUUUCUUUCAGUGGCUUUGAUGCCCCCAAUCGGCACACGGUACAGACUGAGAAUCGGUUCCAUGGAUCCAGCAAGCACUGCAGGACUGUCACACAGCGCAGAGGAAACAUGGUCACGACGUACACUGACUGUUCCGGACAGUAGUUUGUUCUUUGGGUUCUGUCAGAUUCAGCUGGUUGACUCUUCCUCUGUAUCUUUGAGGCUAAACAAUUUUCUGUGAACUGUGUUUGACAGGUGCAUGAUUUCACUUAAUUUAAGCAAUUUGAUAUGGCAGUUAAAUACAUUUAGAUUAUUAUUGACAAACAUUGAGCAGUAGAAAAGUCUAAUUAUUUUAUUGAUUUGGAAAGUUUCUUUCUAAAAAGUUAAAGCCUGCCUGGGGUCCUUUUUCCCUACAUGCAUUUGGGCUAAUUAAUGUAGCCAGUUUUAUUACUCCCCCUCCAAAAAGCAAUCUUUGAGUUUGCCUGAUAACACACUUACAGUCUUUACUUUUAAAGUUACGUUUAAAUUGUGUGAACUUGAGUGAUUUUUGCAGUGAAACCUUUCCUAAUUUAAAAUUGCAUGCUCUGUAGCAUCUGUGACUUGAGUUGCUAAAUAUACAUAGAACUAUAUAAUUGAGUCAGCAAAGGAGAGCAGUAUCUUGGUUAAUUGCCAAUGAAAGCUUUAGAAAGGGAUGAUUUGUUAAUUACCACAGAACCAUGCAUUUCCACAGUUGAACUGAGAUAAAGGAUUGUAUCGCUCAUAGUCACUUAGGCUAAAAAAGUUGCAAACUUAAGAAAUAUUGCCAAGAGAUUGUUACGUGUUUGUUCCCUGGCUAAUGAUUUUACAAUGUUGAAACCAUGGCUACUUGUCCACCUUUUUGCAUUUCUUAGUUGUUGGUGUUCUAGGUCUUAAUUUGAAUUUAUGUGUCUUUUUUUUUGGUGUGUGUAUGUGUGUAGUUCCUCUACUUUGCACUUACCUUUAUCUAGAGAUUGACUAAUACCUCAUUCUGUUUGUAAAACCAGCCAGUAAUUUCUGUGCGACCUUAUUAUGUGCAAUAUUUUUAAAUCCUAAAAGAUGUGUGCUUCUGUUUUCAAAUAGACUUAUUUCUUUAGUUCUGCACUUUCCACAUUGUAUUCCUUUUGAGUAUUAAUCCUAUGGAUACAUAUUAAAACUAGUAAAUGUCGCAUACAACAUUGUGUGGGAGAAAUAUAAUAUUUACAACCUGCGA